GCCACUCCUCUUGUCGCUUCCUUCCAAGGUUACAGGUGAGUGAAGGUGGACGGAAACCAGGGGAGAUAAUGACUGCCCGCGGCUGCCUCCUCAGAUCCAAGGCUGAGAGCUUAGUGAAAUAUGUAGCCAGCGCUGGAAGCUGGCAUGGGCUGCAUAGUUUUUCAGAGGCAUCAGCCAGGGGUUUCAGCUCUGAGCCGUCUCUUCAGGCCGACUCGACGGAAGAAAUCGGGUUCAAGGGGCAUGGCAUGCUGGCUCCAUUCACAGCUGGAUGGCAGAGCACCGAUGUGCAUCCCCUGGUUAUCGAUAGAUCUGAGGGUGCAUAUGUCUAUGAUAUCAAUGGGAAAAAGUAUAUAGAUGCUCUUGCAGGACUCUGGUGUACUGCUCUAGGUGGCAGUGAACCUCGACUAGUCAAAGCUGCAACAGAGCAAUUAAACAAAUUACCCUUCUAUCAUUCCUUCUGGAACCGUACUACCAAACCAUCAUUGGAUCUUGCAAAUGACGUCCUCAACAUGUUUACUGCAAGGGAAAUGGGAAAGGUAUUCUUCGCAAAUAGUGGUUCAGAAGCAAAUGACUCCCAGGUGAAACUAGUGUGGUAUUAUAACAAUGCACUGGGGAGACCAAAGAAGAAGAAAUUUAUUGCACGCUCAAAAUCAUAUCAUGGUUCAACAUUAAUAUCAGCUAGUUUAUCCGGUCUUCCUGCUCUUCAUCAAAAGUUUGAUCUACCGGCACCUUUUGUUCUGCACACAGACUGCCCACACUACUGGCGCUUCCAUCUUCCUGAUGAAACAGAAGAAGAAUUUUCUACUAGACUUGCAAACAACUUGGAGAAUCUUAUCCUAAAAGAAGGACCAGAAACAAUUGCUGCUUUCAUUGCUGAACCUGUGAUGGGUGCCGGUGGUGUCAUCCUUCCUCCAAAGACUUAUUUUGAGAAGAUUCAAGCAGUCCUCAAGAAGUACGACGUCUUGUUAAUAGCAGAUGAGGUCAUUACUGCAUUUGGGAGAUUGGGAACCAUGUUUGGAUGUGAUAUGUAUAACAUUCAACCAGAUCUCGUCUCCGUAGCAAAGGCUCUUUCUUCUGCCUACAUGCCAAUUGCAGCUAUUCUUGUUAGCCCAGAAAUAGCAGAUGUAGUUCAUUCGCAGAGCAGUAAACUUGGCUCUUUUGCUCACGGCUUUACAUACUCCGGGCAUCCAGUUGCCUGUGCUGUUGCCAUAGAAGCUCUGAAGAUCUAUAAGGAAAGGAAUAUUACCGAACAUGUCAACAAAAUUGCCCCAAGGUUUCAAGAAGGAAUCAAGGCCUUCUCAGGCAGUCCGAUCGUCGGAGAAGUAAUACGUGGCCUGGGAUUGAUACUUGGAACUGAAUUCGUCGACAACAAGUCGCCAAAUGAUCCAUUCCCUGCAGAAUGGGGGGUUGGUUCAAUAUUUGGUGCCGAGUGUGAGAAGCGUGGUAUGCUUAUCAGGGUCGCUGGGGAUAACAUCAUGCUGUCACCUCCACUAAUAAUGACUCCUGAUGAAGUUGAAGAAAUUGUGAGCAAAUAUGGCGGGGCCCUAAAGGCCACAGAGGAAAGAAUUGAGGAGCUCAAAUCAGCCAAGAAGUGAGCAAUGCCAAUUUGCUGAAAGCCUCUAGUGAUGAUGGUGACGACAAUGUACAGAGUGACUUGAACAAAUAAAUACCAAUAAUAACACCGUGAGCCUGAAAAUUGAUCUUGAUGUGGAAAUUUCAGUUCUUAUUUACCAUCUCCAGUCACAGAAUAGCCAUGUUUGUGACCAGAGGGAAGGGCCGCAGUGUUUUUCCAACUAUUAUGGGAACCUUUGGUGUC